UGACGUCACGGGGCCGGUGCGCGUGCAGCUGUGCGCUGAGCUCGCGGCGCAGAAACUCUUCACCCGAAACUUGACGUUAAGAAACUGCGCAGUUACGUUCAAACUGCGCAGUUUGAACGUAACUGCGGCUUUGAGCGGUGUUGUCGUGUCCGCGGCUGCUUCGUGCGGAGCCGGAGCGUCUCACGGAGCCGAGCCGUGUUCGGGUGAACUUGUCCCGGGUUGUCGAGGCUGUGGUCGCGCGGCGGCUGCUGGAUGUUUAGCGACGACACAACAACAGCAGCAGGAGCAGGAGGAGGAGGAACAAUGUCGGGAGUUGUGACCUCCUCGUAAACAGCCUGUGGUUCUGACCCGGCUCCGUUUCACUUCCCCCGAGGACAACACCGGAGAGCGGAGAGGAGACAUGGCCGAGGCUCGCUCCGAGGAAGAGGAGGAAAACAUGAGGGAGAGCCGGGAGCAAGUGGUCCGACGACAGCCCCACACCUCCGGAGGUCGUCCUGACAGACGUAAGCCCGAGCAUCGUCACAGCCAGGGUCCUCUCUCGUCCAUCAGAGCUGCCAUCAAAAGAACCUCCACCAGGUCGACCUCUCUCUCCGAGACGUCCAACACCAGAGAGCGAGACAGGGACCGAGAGCGAGACAGGAGGCGACCGGAGAUCACCAUCCUGUCUGCAGAGCCGCUGGCCUCCACCUCCUGGUUCCCAGGGGCCUCUGGGGGUUUCCCACCACCCCCUCCUCCUGCCGCACAGAUCUGGGGACCCACAAUCCCUCCGUCCAUACAGCCGCCUCCUUCGUACGAGGAGGUAAUCAGGGAGAAGACACAGGAGCAGGUUCUCCUUCCUUCUUCUUCUUCCUCUUCAUCCUCAUCUUCAUCCUUAACACGUCCGAUUUCCACAACAACCAUCGCCACACAGACUGACCCAGGAUCUGCUCCUGAUCCACAAGACCCUCAGGUGAGAAGACCGGUGAGGCCCCCACGACCCUCCCCUCUCUCCCAUCCUCCCAAAUCAUCUCACAUCGAUGACAUCACCACCACCGCCAGCCAAUCAACACUCACUUCCCUGAACAGUGACUGUGUCGGAACAAACACGGAGCCCGAGACGGUCACGCACGCCUCGGCACACACACAGUGCUGUGACGUCCUCACGCAGCUUUGUUCACCUUUGACCUCGACCACUUGUGCCCAAACUGACCAGCGGGAUCAGGCUUUUGCUGCAGUUGACUCCGCAACUCCUCCCUCUGCUUCUUCUCAAGUCCCGUUGGAGCGUCCUAGACCACGCCCUCGCUCUAAGCUCGGUGUCCAGCCAAUCAGCAGGAGCGAGGUCGAAGUUCAGACUUUGGUGAAGCUACGUGAGGACGGUUUGGCCACGCUCACCGCCCGUGCUCAGGCUGACACCCCCAACCAAGAAGUUAGUCAGGGGAAGUACCUGCAGGAGCUGCUCGACGCCUUCAGCUCAGACGACUGGGGCUUUCCUGAUCCCCACAGCGACAGCAGUGGUCACAGCCAGUCAGAGAGCGAGGAAGAGGACAUGGCGGCGCUGAAAGCGAGGAUCCAAGCGUUCGAGCAGCAGCAGCAGGUGGCUGAUGGGAGCUGUGGCGACACUAACGACAGAGACUUUGUUGUGACAAAGAAACCUGAACCCCGGCCACGCCCUCGUCUCCAACCGGCAAAAUCUGCCCCUCCCACUGUCGCUCCAAAACCCAAAAACUUUUCACACACUUCCAAACCAUCCAGCAAAGUCUUCUGGGAAGAUGGUGCUUUGACAGCAGAGGUGUCAGAGUCGGUUGCACAGGAAACACGUGAAUCUCUGUCUGAGGAGUCAAACGCUGAAACUCCAACGCCUCCAGAGUCAGCACCUUUUCUCCUGAAACCUGCUGCAGCACCUUGUGUCCUGAAACCUGCUGCAGCACCUUGUCCUGAAACCUGCUGCAGCACCUUGAAACCUUUAGUCGCACCAAAACCACAGUCUCCUACAGAAACACCCCCGUCAUCUAACGUCUCUUCUCCUGCCUCGGCCCCCGUCCCGGCCCCCGUCCCGGCCCCCAGGCCCCCUCCACCCAAACUCACACCCUCUCUCAGUGAAGCUCCAAACCCCAAACCUCCACCCAGACCUCCAGUUGCCCCCAGGGCCGGCAUCGGAGCAGCACAACAGGACAAGAGCAACACAGCUGGGCAAACCAUCCCGACUCUUCCCCCGAGACCCUCAGUGGAGGUCAGCGGUGGAGCACAGGCCGAGCCUCAGGCUGAAGAGACGCAGGACGAUGCAAAACCAACUGUGAAAGUAGGAAGUGUUCGUCCAGGCGUCCCGACCAAACCGGCAGCGCUGACCUCACCACGCAGGGCCAGCGUUCCAAAUCUGGCUCCCAAACCUACUGGAACUUCACCAACGCCUCCGGAUCCAAACCCGGUCUCAUCCAAAUCUGCAACUGCUCCGGCUCCAACCCCCAAACCAUCAGCACCACCGGCCGCCACCGCCACUCCGGUUCCAGCCAAACCCCCCGUCACAGCUCCGGCUCCGUCCCUGAGGAAAAGCCCUGUGAUCCAGCAUAAAGCAGAAACUACCAGAGCUGCAAACCCCUCAGACCCUCCUCUUCCUCGCCGGCCCUCAGGGGAAAAGCUCCUCCCCCUCCGUCCUCCACCAAUCAAAUCCAUUCCUGGGCGUCCGCCACCUCCAGCCGUCAACUCGACCUCCUCAGCCAACCAGAUCCCUCCGUCUUCCAGAGCCAGUCCCACUCUCUCCGUGUCACCAGCCGCCCAGAGUUCACAGACCACUCCCCCUCCUGUAACAGCCAAUCAGCUGCCGGCUCAGAGGCCCUCAAAAAGAGGACCCCCUCUUCCCCCCCGGCCCAAACCUGGACAUCCUCUCUAUACCAGCUACACGAAACAGGAAGUCCUGAUUGUCCUGGACGACCCGCUGCCCUCAGAGCGUCUCCCUGAUGAAGGAGUUGGUCAAACCUCCGUUGUCCCGCUCAUCAACCCAUCACAGUGUCUCCUGGACUUGGACACACAACCAGAGCCUGUCCCUGAUCAGGACGGCCAAUCAAAACCCGCUCUGGAGGACGUCAGCCUAUCGGAGUCACAGUCCAUCCUGCCCGUGCAGCCUCCUGAACAGAAAGAUCAACCAGACCCUCCUCCCGUCAGCGGCCCUCGCUGCGUCGCCUUGUUCGACUACGAGGGCGAGGAGGGCGAUGAGCUCACCUUCUCCCAGGGUGAUGUCAUCGCCCUGCUGGAGCUCAAAGGACAGGAGUGGGGGCGGGGCCAGAUCCACGGGCGAAUAGGAAUAUUCCCCCUGAGCUUCACUGAGGUGGUGGAGCCGCUUCCACAGACGCCGUCAUCACUGGAGGAAACGACCAAGGCCACUGCGAUGGAUACGACAGUGAUAGAAAGUAACGAAGCAAAGACCUCACAGGACUCGAACUCUGAGGUGGAGGUGGAGGAGAAGGUGGAGGUGGAGGAGUGGGCUGUGGCUCUGUUUGACUUCCCCGGUCAGACUGAAGAGGAUCUGUCCUUCCACAAGGGGGCACUGAUCCGAGUGAUUAAGCACAUAGACGCUGAGUGGAGGAGAGGAAGACUGGAGGGGAGGGAGGGGCUUUACCCUGCUGCGUUCACACAGCCGCACCAGGUCCAGCCAAUCCCAGACCAGCAGUCGGCGGUUAAAGGGGCGGGCAAGGCUUUGUUUGACUUCACAGCGAUGGGCGAGGACGAGCUCACGCUAAAGGCCGGUGAUGAUAUAACACAGGUGGAGUCUGUGGAUGAGCAGUGGAUUCUGGGAGUUGUAGGUGGGAGACGUGGGAUAUUUCCGAAAAACUACAUUUCUUUUCUCUGACGAGGACAUUUUGACGAGGGGAUUUUUAAAGAAAGAUUGACUUCCUGUGUCUGUAGCUGCUCUCGGUCAAACGGGCGGGAAACGGCAGCGCCACCUACAGACAGUGUUUUUUUAUUUCUUUUUUCUUUUUCUUCCUGGUCAGCUUUUAUCGGCCGUUUGUGACUGAAUUGAAGAAACAAAGAAGUCUUGACUUGAUUUCGCCUUGAGACUUUGUCAGUGUCACGACGACGACGAAGAACGAGACGGACCUUCGCUGCCUUAACGACGGAAUAAAACUGAUAUGGUGUCGUGUCCCACGUGAUGUUUCCUCUGUGGAACUGGAUUUUACUUUUUGGGGGAUUUGACUCAUGGACUCUGACGACUGCACCUUUAAGAGCCGCUGCUUUAACACGAUUUCAGCUUCUCCUCUUUGUGUCUGAUGACAGAAAGUUUAACAAAGACUUUUUACAUCCUGCGUCAGUGUGCAGCUUCGGAUCGGGACAGUUCCAGAGAGAGGACGACUGCUUCACUCGUUUUGUCUUUAACGAAGUGAAGCAUGAAGAGCGUCUCAUCCGGAGCAGAUUAGAGACUGAUUGAAACGUCCAUAUUGUUCAGCGGUGAGACAAAUAUCGACUCAACAUUUUUCUGUUUCGUGAAGUUCUCACGUGUAGAUAUUUAUGAAAUAAAGUUAAAUGAUUUACGUUCCCGUUAAACUGGAUCAUUUUACACAAAGAAAACUGAAGUUACUUUUUAUAACUUGUUUCUUCAGUGCCGAAUAUUUUCCAAAACUGCUCAAGAAAAAAAGUCGUUCUUUUAUGUGAAGGAGCGAUAACAGAAACAUUUCACGGCACCUGAGAGAAACGCGUUUUGCACAUAUGGAAAAUCGUUGGCAGUGACGAGAAAUAAACUUAAUUGGUAUUAAACAGAUUAAAAUGAUUAAAUUCAUAUAUGAUUUAUAAUCUGGAUUUAAUGUCAUAUAAUUCAUACACAGUGAACUAGAGAAUGUUGUAGUGACGCUUUGUGACGAGUAAUUAGUCCAAUGGAGGAAAACAAAUCGAAGUCAGAAUCUGAAGAGAGUUAAAUUGUAAGUUUAGUCCACAUAUCAUGUUGGCUUUAUUCUGGUUAUAUCACUAUUCUGGUAAUGUUACAACUUUAUUCUCGUAAAUUACAAGUAUCUUCUCAAUGACGAUAUUAUUCUCGUAAUAUUACGACUUUAUUCUCAAUAUCUUAGAUUUUUUUCAGGCUGGUUCUCACACAUUUAUUAGGACCAUAGAAAACGUACUGUUCUUUAACUCUUUCUUUAAUUGUCCCUCACGUGUUCCUCAACAUUUCCUUUUUUACAACGAUACAUUUCAGAAAACAGCAUCUCGUAUUUCUGGACUGAAUCCAGGUCAUUCUCAACAAACUGAAACUUUUUUAUUGCAGAUGAAACGUGGACGACUUUCUCUCCUCUUCUCUAGAUGUUGUCAGUGAUGAUGAAUCUCGUUUGUCACAUGUACAGAUUAAAACUUACUGAAUAACGUUUUUACGCAGACGUUAUUUAUCUCUGUAAUUCGGAUAGUUUUGUAUUUCUGUUUAUACCAGAACGUUUUCAGAUAAUUCAACCCCCCUAAUUUACCAAUGAGCACAUCUUCAGGUAGUUUUGACGAGGACGAUACACAGAAAAACUUCUUGUGUCUGUUUUCUGAGUCGUUUCACUUUAAAGCCUCGAGGUUUGAGUUACAGCCAAUCAGAGUUCGAGAGAAAAUCUUACAGGUUUCAUCUGCAUCAACGUAAUUCUGUGUGUGUGUGUGUGUAAAAGUUUUAUGUAUAACCAAACAUUCCAAGUUUUUAAUCCAAAUAAAGUUUUUAGGCAUUUCA